AUGGGAGAAACGAAACAGAGAGCUUGCAGUUUUGCCAUAUCGCGUGAUAUGCCUCCUUGUAUUGCGAUAUGGGAGAAAGUGAAACAGACAGCUUCCAGUUUUGCCAUAUCGCGCGAUAUGCUUCAUUGCAUAGUCAUCCGGGAAAGGGGAACUGCCCCUGUUGUUGCUGGCACAAAUGCCGCCAACAUCGCAGAUGCCCCACCAAACGCCGCUAUUGGAGAGGUGAACCUGGAGCACCAGCACGGCUUCAAAAGAGACGCAGACCAGUACAUGCCAAUAGCCAAUAUCACCCGCACCAUGCGGCGCAUCCUCCACACUCAUGCUAGAAUCGCCGAUGACGCCAAGGAAGCUAUACAAGAAUGCAUCUCCGAGUUCAUCAGCUUCAUCACCGCUGAGGCGAAUGGGUGGUGCCACAACGACUAUCGAAGAACCGUCACACCGGAGGGCGUGCUGGCGUCAAUGGCCUCGCUUGGUUUCAACGACUAUUUAGAGCCGCUCAUAGUUUUCCUCAACAAUCACCGCGCCCAGAAUCUCUGA